AUGAAACGUUCAGAGAGCAUUAUUAUUGCAAUUGCUGGUGGACCGUAUGCCGGAAAGAAACGCUUGUGUAAUGAGCUUCUUGCACGUUUAGAAGCUCUUUCACCUUCUACGAAAGCUCAUAUUUUACAUUUGUCCUCAUUUAUGUACCCUGGGCAAACGAAUCGCUACUGCUUGAACUCUUACGAUAUUAAAGCCUAUAGAUCCACUCUGAUGGCAAUUCAAUGUGGAGGAGAGCGCAUUCCUCUUCCUGAUGGCACAGAAUUGUACUUUUCUCCUGAUCAAGAUCGCGUCGUUUUCACCGAGGGCUAUUACUUACUUCUACCAGAACUGCUCCCUUAUUAUACUUCGAAGCUGUUUGUGUAUGCUGAUGGAGAUACUAGAUUAGAGCGUUCUGUAAUUCGACGAGUGUGUGGGGAUCAUGAAAUUUUGACUGAAGUUUUAGACGACUUUGUUCAAAAUGCUAAACCUGCUUAUGAAAUGUCUAUUCAUCCGACGCGAGAAAAUGCAGACAUUAUUCUCCCUCAGAGAGCCGAUAUUCAAUCUGCUCUUUUAUUUGUCAGUCAGCACCUGCAAGAUCUUUUGGAGGAGUUGAAUCAGCCAAACUUGACGAGCUCUGUCCAGUAUGGCCCUCAACAUGAGAAAUACAUGAAGCUUGCCCAUGAAAUGGCUGAAACGUCCUUGGCGAACCGAGAAGUUCCGGUGGGAUGCGUUUUCAUAUAUAAGGGAGAAGUUAUUGGCAAAGGAUACAACCAAACUAAUUGCAGUCUUUCCGGAAUACGGCAUGCAGAAAUGAUAGCUAUUGAACAAAUCCUGGAAAAGUAUCCUGCUUCUGUUAUCUCGGAAACAACCCUUUACGUGACGGUUGAGCCGUGUCUUAUGUGUGCUGCAGCAUUAAAGCAGCUGCAUAUCCAAGCUGUUUAUUUUGGAUGUGGAAACGAUCGGUUUGGUGGAUGUGGAAGUGUAUUCAGUAUCAACAAAGAUCCUUCCAUUGAUCCAAAAUACCCGGUGUAUCCUGGUCUGUUUCGACCGGAGGCGGUGAUGCUAAUGAGGCGGUUUUACGUUCAAGAAAAUGCAAAGGCACCGGUACCUCAAACGAAAAAGCAAAGGAUACUAAAGCACAAUAUUGCAGAGAUGGAUAUUUCUCGGUACUUGUAG